GGUCUAGCUAAUGAAGAAUAAUUCUAUAAAUUAAGUCUUUCUCUAAGCAUAAUCCUAGUUGUUUAAUGAAAACGAAAAUACUAUUGGAUCAUCCUACCUGAUCUUGUUUUUCAAAUUUUUUUCUUAUAGUUUUCACCUGAUUUACUAGUUUUUCAUACUUACUUUUGUUGGUGUAAUCCUUUUAACUUGAUGGCAAACUAAUUAUUUUGUUUCUCCCCUGUGAUUGUAGUCCUGUAUAUUGCUCAAUAAUGGCGUAUGCCUUAAAUUCAGUUUUGAUCUUGGCGUUUGCAGUUGUUGUUUACAUGCUUGUUGAAGAAUUGGAAUUAUCUGCUACUGAUGGUGUCCACUAGAAGAUUUCCGGAUCGGCUGACUCGAUACACGGUUGGUCCAACCCUCACAUAAUGCAUGCGGGUCGCACAUGCAAUUAUCACUAUAACGGACGAAAACCUAAAUUCAUCAGAAAACAUAAUUUCUUUCUGGGGUUCAAGUCAAUUAUCCUUAUUGCCUUUCCCGUAACGGAAAUUCCUAAGUUCUAUCAAUCAUCUCCGAUGUCAAAGCAAAAUCACAAGAUAAAUUCCAUCCCUUUUACUAGGAGUUACCCACAGACCCUAAUUCUCUAUUUCAAUUAUGCAAAUUUGUGUUCUUCAAGACUAACGAAGCCGCCAUUCAACUCAAUUAAGCAUGCAAUCUCUAUUAACCAAAACGAAGAUGGUGAAGAGGUAUCAACUCUUGCAAACCAGCUGCAUGACACCACUCUGCAGAUCGAUGAUGCUGAUAAUGAAAUUAUGAACCACUUUGAAUAUGAAACAGAUGAUAGUGAAAAAGAUUGGGAAAAUACCCUAAUUGGAAAAAUUAUAAUUGAGGGGAGAAUGUCAAGGAAAUCUGUGGAGAAACAUCUGAAUCUCACUUGGGAUUUUAUCGAUUCCGAAGAAAUCAAGCUGAAGAAUCUGCUACCGGAGUUCAUGAAAGAAAAAGUAAUAAGAGAAAUGGGAAAUAUCAUGGGAGAUGUAAUUGCAAUUGACCCACCAAACUACAUCCCUGCUGAUGGAGAACUGGUCAAGGUUUGUGUUACUGUGGAUAUGAACAAACCACUUAGAAGAGGAACCCUUGCCAUUAUUGUUGUUGGCAUUACCAGGUGGGUCAGAUACUUUUACGAAAAGCAACCACACAAAGUUUGCCCAAAUUUUUAUGUGAUAAACCUUUCUAGCAAGAAAAUGUUCUCUCUCGUGGAAGCUGCUCACAAAAAUCCACAUAAUUUUGGAGUUAAGGGAACCCUUCUAUGCAAGUCAGAACUCAAUCUUGUCCUGUCAUGCAAACCAGAAGGGCUAGUAGAAAAGGACGCCAGUUUGUUCCCCUACUGACGGUAUUCUGGUAAUGGAUGUAACCAGCACGACCGUUGUGGAUAGUCCCGAGAAAAAUGUUGAAGAUGAAGAAUAAGAAGGAAUGGCAAGAUUAGGUAAAAGACAGAAGAAUGUUGAACCAACAGGUCAGAGUAAUGUCACUCCUUCCAUGAACAUUAUCAGCAAGCAAGCUUCCCAAAGCACAACAACUAUGAUCAAUCUUGACCAACUUCAAUCUAAUGUGAGCAAUAUGCAAGCUGCAAGUAGCACAUGGAGUCUCAGGUAUUUAUUAUCAAACAUCUAUUUAUAAGUACAUUGAUAGAAGUUUUAAAAUUGAUUUUACUUCAUGCUCAAAUAUAUUGUUGUUUUGCCAUAUUUGUGAUUUUAAAACAAAGAAAAUUGUUCAUGGAAUGUGUGUGGAUUUGGAAACAAAACUACUAGAAAUCACCUUAAGGACUUGAUAAGGUCUAAUAAUCCCGACAUUAUUUUUCUAAUAGAAACUAGGAACAUCACAAGGAAAAUGAAACUCUAUACUUUUAACUUGAAUUUUCCCAAUUCCUUUUUCUAUGAUCCUUAUGGUCUUUCUGGUGGAUUUGUAGAAACAGAGAAAGAGAUAGUGAAAGGGUUGUUUUUCACCCAUAGGAGAGGCUCCUUUUUAUACAAUUAGAUAUCCUUACACAUCUAGGGUUAGGAGGAAAAUAUCUUAACACUAACACUAACUCUACAAUAAUUUAACACUAUAGUACUAGCUAUACAGUGACAUUCAUGACUCAUUCCAAUACUCCCCCUCAAGCAGGUGCGUAGAUGUCAUGCAUUCCUAGCUUGUCGAGGAAAGAGUUGAAUGGUCGACUAGGAACUCCUUUAGUCAGCAUGUCUGCAAUCUGCUCUCCUGUUCUUACAAACGGAGUACUGAUAAUCCCUGCAUUCAACUUCUCUUUAAUGAAAUGUCUGUCCACUUCCACAUGUUUUGUUCUGUCAUGCUGGACUGGAUUGUGAGCAAUGCUGAUUGCAGCCUUGUUGUCGCAGUACAACUUCAUAGGACCUCUAGGCUUGAAACCAAUCUCUGUCAACAAUAUUCUUAACCAUAAUA